GUGGAAUGACGUGGGUUGUUGCCUUCCCCUUCCCCCUCUUUCUUCCUCUUUUCUCUGAUUUCUCUCUCACAAUAAACUACCCUGAGAGGCACCUCUGCAUAGACUAGAAAAAAUAAAUGCAUCGAAUUUAGGGUUCCCGUUUGACAUUCCUAAUUAGGCUUUCUAAUUUAAAUUUUUCAAGCACAUCAGAAUCCAAUAUGUGGGCUGAAUUAUUUGGAAAUAUUGAUACUUGGCAUUUCCUUUUUGCUGUCAUUCAGCAAAAGGUCCUGAAAAUAUCAUGGGAACCAGUAAAGAAGUGAAGCCUUCCAAACCAGAAAAAUCGUCUUCAUCUGCAACCGAUCAUAAUAACAACAUCCACGUGUAUCCUGACUGGGCCGCAAUGCAGGCUUACUAUGGUCCCCGAUUUGCUGUACCACAAUAUAUGAACCCAACAAUUGCUUCACCUCAUGCCCUUCCUCCUUAUAUGUGGGCUCCACCUCAGUCGAUGAUGCCUCCUUAUGCUGCAUUCUAUGCUCACGGAGGAAUUUAUGCACAUCCUGGAGUUCCUCUGGCUGGUCAGAGGAGCAAGAAGAGAAGUAGGCAAGGCUCUCCGGACAAAGGAGAUAGCAAAUCCCCUGAAAAAAACAGUGAAGUUUCUGCUGUGGAAGUUGGACGAACAUCUGAAAAGACAGUUGAUAUAAUAACUGCUACUUCUAAAGUGCCUGUUAAACCACUGGAGAAAACAAAUUCUGUAUUGGAAUUCAAAAAUGUCAAGUCCAGCUCAACUAAGGUUCCUUCACAAUGGAUCCCAAAUGAAGCCUGGUUGCAGGACGAACGAGAGCUUAAACGGGAGAGGAGAAAACAGUCCAAUCGAGAAUCUGCUCGAAGAUCGCGCCUCAGGAAACAGGCGGAGACUGAGGAACUAGCUGUCAAGGUGCAGUCACUAACUGCUGAGAAUAUCUCCCUCAAAGCCGAGAUCAAUAAAUUAAUGGAAAGCUCUGAGCACAUGAAGCUUGAAAAUGCCGCCCUCUUGGAGAAAUUAAAAGAAAAGGAUAUCGAGCUCACGAAUAUCGAGGGCAAGAGGGUAAAAAAACCGUUUGGGACAGUCCACCUUCUCGCGAAAGUCGACAACUCUGACUCAGAUGGAGUCGACCCGCACGAGAAUCGAAGCCCACGGGCCAAGCUCCGUCAUGCCAUAGCUGCCAUUUGAUCCUCUUGCCUAUUUUUUUCUAACAACUUUUCUAACAACAGAAGUAAUAUGGAGUGUUGUGAUUAUAUUAACCUAGUAUUCGACCUUGUGCAUUUGCACAGAUGUAAAUAAAAUUAAAUAUUAUAAGUUAUAU